GGGGGGCAUAAAAAGCUCGGCGGCAACUGACCUAUAAAUUCCCUUCAAAAACCCCAAAGCUGCUCCGCCUCUUUCAAAUCCCUAAUUUUCUCUCUCCUCCUAAAACCCUUCCUUAAACCCCUAACUUCUUCAACCUUCUAUCGCUAUGGAAUUCUGGGGUAUUGAAGUAAAUUCGAAAGAGGCUUGUAAGGUGACACUCAAGGAUGGCUGUGUCAUUCAUCUUUCUCAGGCUACUCUUAGUGAGGUGAAGAAGGAUGGCGAACCUGUAAUGGUUCAUGUCAAAGUGGGUGACCAAAAGCUAGUGUUGGGAGUGCUAAGCAAGACUACCCCUCAAUUGUCUUUUGAUUUGGUGUUUGAGACGGAAUUUGAGAUCUCUCACAACUGGAAGAAUGGAAGUGUUCACCUCUUGGGAUACAAUACCCAGUUGGGAAAUGAUGAUGAUGAAGUGUUCUCAAGUUCUGAUGAUGAGGAGGACUUGAUGGAUGAUCGUGUUUCACAAUUACAAUUUAAAGGUAACGCUGCUGCUCCAGCUAAUCCUCAAGCUGCUGUUCCUAAGGCUGUCGCAAAUCCAGUCAAAGCUGACAAAUCCUUGCCAGAAGUGAAGGAUGAUUCUGAUGAAGAUGACAGUGACGAUGAUGAUGAUGAUGACGAUGAAGAUGACUCUGAUGAGGAUAUGAUGAGUAAGAGUGACAGUGGUUCAGACGAGGAUGACGAAGAUGAUGAUGAGUCAGAGGAUGAAAAGCCUGCAAAGCCCGAAUCUGGCAAGAAAAGACCCAAUGCUGAUGCUAAGACACCUGAGUCCAAGAAGGCUAAAGUAGUCACCCCCCAGAAAACAGAUGGAAAGAAAGGUGCUCAUACAGCAACCCCAUAUCCAUCAAAGAAAGGUGGCAAUUCUCCUGGUGGUAACAAGGCUACACCCAAGUCCGGUGGCCAAGGCUCUCAUGGUUCUCAAAAGAAGAAUUUUAACUCAGGCAAUCGGAAUUUUAACAAGAAGGGUAAGCACUCUGGCAAGUAGGGUGUUGAUUUCCGGCUGUGUGUUUAUUCAAUACAGAGAAGAGAGGGGAAAGAGCUUAGUCUCAAAUUUUGGUAUCUGUUUUACUGUCUUCGAUUUUUUUUUUUUUGGGAGGAUGGGGUGACCAGUUCUGGAGGAUGUUGUCUAAACCAAAGUAGAACUUAAUUUAAGUGGUAUGUGCAUGUGGUUCCGGAAAAUAUAUUGCUGUCCAUGAACAUAUUCAUGUUUAAGGAAAUGGUGAUUUUUGAGC